AUGUUGAUGCUAAUUUCAGGGAAGUAUUGCGUCUACAAGAAAGGCGUUUGUCCAUUGGGACUCAGCGAAGGGUUUCUACAUUGGGACGAUGAAGAUAGAAAUAACGUUAACAAAGACGGUGGAUCACUUCCUGAAGGCGUAUACGGUUCGGACACCAGGAUUUUCCUCUGCUGUAGAACGGAUGGUGAUAAGUCAGAUCCAGUGUCCCUUCCUCUCAGUAAGCCCUUUUACCUGCUAGCGUAUGGUUCGUCUGACUGUCAACUCGUUAAAGGAGCCAUUACUACUACAGAGUACAUAAUCUUUCAUAACGAAGACAAAAAUAACCAAGACUCAUCAGGCGGAGUACAUCCGUAUGCAAAUUCUAGUUUGAUCUACUACUGUUAUUAUCAA